AGUGUAAUUCGAAGGUGGUAUCGACAUCUGAUAAUAAUAGUGCGAUGAUUGAACGGAACAAUUUGCGUAAGUCGCGUAUCACCGAGAGUUUGCUGGAUGCAAAGGAGCGACUCGAAGAGGAGUUCUCUGAACGGAACGCCACUUCAUUGUUGCAAAAACAAAAGCAACUUCAGCGAAAUAUCAACGCGAACAACAAAAUAAUACCACCGUUGGCGAGCUCGCAUCCUGGUCGAACGGUUAUCAUUCUAUCCGAUUCGACGAUCAACACGCCGAUCGGAAUUGAGAUCUCACCGGUAUAUGAUCCGGCGAAUAGCAGUCGAUUGCUGGCGGUCGAAAUUCGACAUAUUGAUGACGAGGGUCGAAUUGCGUUGGACGGAAGGAUUCGUUGCGGUGAUCGACUCACCGAAAUCAACGAACGACCCGUCUACCAGAUGUCCAUCUCUCGUGCACGUGCCUAUCUGCAUGAAUUACAGUCCUCGCCACAUCCCACCUUCACGGUUGACAGACCAAUCGAAUCUUUUCUCUGCGCAGGUGAAUCAGUUCUUCGUCCGAAUCAAUCGGUUCUGUCUUAUUGCAAUCAAUCCACGCAUUCACAAAUUAUAAUAUAA